UUAUUUUUGCUUUCAUCGAAAGAAGGCACAUCGGCUGACUGGCUUCCCGAAGUCUUUCACCAGCCUGUGUCAUUUUACUUCCCCGAUUCCAGAGAAAAAUAAGGCUACUGUUUAUAUUUUUAGAAUUUUUAAUGUAUUUGUGCGUUGAAGUUUCUGUAGCGGUUUGAUUGAGUUUUGGGGGUGGAGUUGUUAGCACCACGUCCCAAACCUCCAUUUUAUCUGGGCUUGGGACCGGCUAGUGUUAAGUUUAGACCAAUUGCCAUUACCUCUCCUUUCUUGAAACUGAUGGAGAAAUUACUUUACAAAAACUCAUUCCCUCCCUAAGCUUCUCAAAUGAUCCAAAGCAGUUUGCUUAUAAACAGGGUAGAAGUACUUUGGAUGCUGCUGCUGUUUUCAUCACAACAUUGUAUCCUCCUUAGACAAAGGGGCCAAGUAUGUCCGUUGUACUUUCCUUGAUUACACAUCUGCUUUUGACUCUGUACCUAGAGGCCUUUUGUUAAACAAGCUUAGCCUUACACAAACUGAGUCCUGGGCUAUCAACUGGCUGCACUCUUACUUCUCCAAUAGGAUGCAGUACACGGUAUAUAAUGGUGUAGCUUCCUCUCCUUUGCUUACUGAAGCUGGUGUUCCUCAGGGUGCUGUUCUCUCGCCGUUUCUCUUUUCCUUCUUCUUACAUGACUUACCUCUCUCAGACGAAAUCAACUUCGUCAAAUAUGCAGAUGACCUGACUGUUUCGCUUCCCGUUAAGUCUCAGUCAGACUGCUUCAAAUUAAAUAGCUUCCUGUCGGACAUCAGUCAGUGGUCUAAAAUAAAUGGCCUAACGCUGAAUCCCUCAAAAUGCCAGACUGUCGACUUCUCCUUUAGGCAUAAACGAGAUCUACAAACACUAGUAAGCACUCAUGAUGUCUGUAGAAUCGAGGGGACUAUAAUUGAAACAAAGUCUAAUGCAAAAUACCUCGGAUUAGUUAUAUCUUCCGACCUUACUUGGUCAUCUCAUAUCCAAAUGAUUUCCAAGAAAGUGUUUCGUCUAACCUACUACAUUAAGAAACUCAGACUAACUGGAGUCCCUCAACCUCUGCUUACACAAUUUGUCAACUCUCGUAUCCUACCUAUUCUACUUUACUGUUCCCCGUUAGUCUUUCCUGGGUUACUGAAAAAGGAUUAUACCAUCCUGAGAAGGAUGUUGAAGGUAGUUAGCAGGACUAGCGGUGUAAAACUCAGUCAGCUCGUCACAACAUUAGUGGAUAAGCAUCUGAAUACAUGUGAGAAAUGGUCUAAAACCAUACUCUCUGACCCCCAACACCCCCUCUAUUCCCAACUCUCUCCUUGCAUCUCAUCAGGUAGAACCAGAAAUCAGUACAAAAUAAUAUAUGCUCGCACAACCAAGUAUAGGAACUCAACGAUACCAUAUUUGGCCCGUGUUCUAAGUGACAGAGACAAUGUUAAGCGUGAAACCUAUGACUUGCUUUGUUGUUAAUAACA